AAAAAAAAAUCGUGAAAAAAAUGUUUACUAAAAGCAAUAAAAGUACCAAAAGUCCUGAAGGUGUUGUUAUAUUAGAUUAUACGGAUCUUAUUAAUAACGUUGAUCUAUAUAAUGAGAUUGAGGAAGCAUUUGGAUCAAAAUCACAUUGUCUUGGAAUAUUAUUGGUAAAAAAUCUUCCUGAAGUUUACGUGGAAAAUCGUUCUCGUUUGUUACGUUUAGCGUCAGUUUUCGCUUCCUUACCAGAAGAAAUUAAAGAGAAAACUGUUGAUGAACAAAGUUAUUACAAAUUUGGAUGGAGCUGUGGCAAAGAAAUCUUUAACGGUAAAAAAGAUACGUUAAAAGGUUCAUAUUAUGGUAAUCCAAAAUAUGAUUAUCCUGAUGCUACUGAAGAAGAACUGAGAGAAUUCCCGAUGUACUGUCAUCCAAAUAUUUGGCCAAAUGAAGAUCUUCCAGAAUUUGAAGAAGCGUUUAAAGAUUUAGGAUGUUUUAUUAUAGAUAUUGGGAAAUUGGUUGCUCGUGCAUGUGAUUCAUUUGUUUUAACAAAGUUACCAAAAGCGGAACCAAAUUACUUAGAAAGAAUUAUUGAUGAAUCACAAACCAUCAGUGCUCGUCUUUUACAUUACUUUCCUAUUCAGACAAUGAAUCAAAAGAACGAUACUGAUGAUAUUGAUGAUAUUGAUGAUUCUUGGUGUGGAUGGCAUACUGAUCACUCAUCGCUUACAGGGUUAACAUCAUCAAUGUUUGUUGAUGAACGUGAUCCUGCUUAUCCUGAAAUUGAAUGUCCAGACAAUCAAGCGGGACUUUAUAUUAAGAAUCGAAACGAUAAAAUCAUUAAAGUAAUAAUACCAAGGGAUUGUUUAGCUUUUCAGCUUGGUGCAGCCAUGCAACUAGCAUCUGCUGAUAAUCUUCGGGCGACUCCUCAUAUGGUUAAGGCUAUUUCUUCUGAUAUAAAAAGUGAUAUACCAAUUAACGUUAUAGCUAGAAAUACUUUUGCAGUAUUUAUGCAACCUUCUUUAAAUGAGAAAGUGGGUAAUAUUACUUUUGCUGAAUUUGGACGAAAAAUCACCAAAAACACUUAUUGAAAAAAAAAAAUAAUGUAAAAAUUUAGUGAUAAAUAUUCACAAUUGAAAUACUUAUUUACUUUAAUGAAUACGACUUUAUAAAAAAUUUUAUCCGUUAUUUCUAUAAAAACUUCGUAAAAAUGAGCCUUUCACGGAUCCAUUCACGGAAAAUGCAAAUAAAUCGAUAAAUUCCGUUGAUGAUAUAAGGUUAUUAAUUCCGGAAAUUUGAGCCU